AUGCUCUCGCACGGGGCACUCAAGGCCGCCGUCGCGGCGUAUCAGGAGCGCCUCGACAUCACAAAGUUGGACGCGGACUGUCCGUCUCUGGCUGCCCACCGGAACCGUGAAGCUGGUACGACGCGUGGCGGUGAGGAGGAAGAGGAACGCCAGCGUCCCUGCUAUCUCGGCUAUUUGUCCUUUGCCCUUAUCACGGAGUUUGUCGCCGAGAAUGUCUUUCUGCAUCGCGGCUACCUCAUCUGCUACGGCACGCCGUUCACGCUCUAUCAGCGGCAGGGAAUGACGUCCGUGUUUCCACACGGCGACCUGUGGGAGUUCAAGCCGUUGGUGUUUGUUGGUGUGCCUUGCGUCCUCAACAAGCUGCGUCAGUGUUUGGGUCGCACCCUGCCCUCAAGCGGGUUUCUUUCCAGGAUUUUUCGUGUUGCCUUUGAGGAGCGUCGUCGCGCCAUCCGCUGCUGCCUGGAUACGCCAUUUCUGAAUAAUACCGUGUUCAGCACCCCACGUAAGUUGCUUGGUGGUCGCUGCCGCGCCGUCAUCUCCGCCGCCGCUCCCUUGUCUGCGGACACGCAAGAGUUUCUGGAGGUUGCCUGCGGCGUUUCUGUGUUGCAGACGUACGGACUGACAGAGAGCGGUGGGUGUGGCACGAUGCAGUACUUCUGGGACACCCAACGCGACUGCGUCGGGGGCUUGUUAGGGGCCGUGGAGCUGAAGCUUCGCGACGUGGGGCCGUGGCGGCACAGCAACGCCUGCCCGAGCGGAGAGGCGCUCUUGCGGGGGCCGACGCUGAUGUCAGGGUACUACGCACGCCCCACCGAAACGGCGCACGCGUUGGAUGACGAUGGCUGGCUGCACACUGGGGACGUCUUGGAGUUGCAGUGCAACGGUUCCCUUCGUGUCGUGGCAUGCGUCAAGCCCGUUGCGAAGAAUGCCCGCGGCAGCUGCAUUGAUCUGGACGCCCUCGAGCGAGUCUACACGCAGCACCCGCUUUGCAUUCCACGCGGAGUUUGCGUGCUGGUGCACCCCCACCGCUCCUACAUCGCCGCCAUUGUCCUGACCGACGAGGCGCGGGCGCGUCGUUUCCUGCAGCAGAGUACUGAGUCCAACGCUUCGCACUACCCGUGGCCGUACUUUCUGCGUGAGGCGGCGUUCAACCGCGCGGCGGCAGAGUCGAUGGCGUCACUCGCCCGCAACGCGGGGCGAAGCUCGCACGAGUGCGUGCGCACGGUGAGGGUCCUGCUUGACGAGUGGUGCUGCGAGAAUGGCGUGCUGACGGCCACCGGGGCCAUCCGCCGAGGGGCGGUGGAGCGGCGCUACGCCGGCGUCAUCAGGGGGCUCUUUGAGGAGGAUGACUAG